UGGUUAAAUAGGCAUCGCUACGAGUCGCGUCGUCGCGCGUGUGCGUGCGCGCAGGUAGAAGGAACGCGUUUCAUCCGCAGGCAGCCAGCGAGCGUCUGUCCGCGGGACGCAGUGUGCGUGCGUGCGCACAGGCAGAAAGAGGAGAACAGCGGCAACAGAGGCAAAGGUGCGGCGUGACCGCUCUCGUCGCGACACUACCGCGUGAGUGCAGCGAGUCGGUCGCCGUCGGUCUUCGGUGCUUUUCGAUCGUGACGGAGGAUCGUGGAAAAUCCGUGGAUCCAGCAACCUGUUGCGCUACCGAUCUCGCGUGCACGGGUCCUCGUGCCAGCGUACCGCUACCGCGGCAGCCAGCCAGGCCUUGACGGGCGCCAGCCAACCUGGACACUUAUUUAACUCGCGCGGCUUAUACACGCGUUCACACGUGGAUCGACGCGAGUUCGCGGCAUCGUUGCGUGGAUUCGAAUCGGGACGAAUGCAAGUGGCGUCGAGGAUGCACGGAUUUCGACGUCGAUAUGUGACCGGUGGGUGAUCGUGUGUCGAUAGUGCUUGGUCAACGGAGCACCAUGUCAACGACGGACGUGUUUCGAAUCACCCAGCAAGGACCGCCUGCCGAGGAGGACCAAGGAAGACUGAAGGCUGAUCUGCAGUACCUUCGAAAGAGGGGACUUCUGAAGGCGUCGGGUGAACUAUCGUACCAAGGACGUAAAUGUACCAGAUGCGGCGCACCGUUUGGUAGAUUUUACAACACCGGCGCUCCGUGUACACGCUGCAGGCACAGAGUGUGCAGACAAUGCCGUAUCGAGGUCAGGAGCCUUACCGAUAACAAAGACGUCGAAUGGAUCUGUAACGUUUGCUACAAAAUCGCGGAAUUGCAUGUUGCUACGGGCAAAUGGCCGUACGGAAAUUCGGUGUCCGAAGGAUCUAUAAGCGGAAAACCAUCGGCGUCGCCUGUGGAAAUAUUAAAACAUAGCAUUCGAAGAGCUUGGACUAUCAACGGUCCACCCACGCGUUGGACCGCGACGAGAAAAUCACCGGAGCUGCGCAUAUAUCGAAGCUUACCGUCCCGUCGUCAGGAAUACCGAGAAACCGCCGAGAAGAACGAAAUCGUAAAACCCGUCGUCGGGGAAGCACCGAGCACCGAUGAUAAAGGACCAGUCAGCCGGGUGGCGAACGAGCAUGUCGAGGACUGUUAUGGUUCCAGGAAAGAUGAUCCACGGAGGGACGCGGUAACGAGAAACGAGGCGAUUUUUCCUGAAAGAUCCGCGCCACGGGCCGAUAUCGGCGAACGAACGAACUCGAAACGUCCCGAAAGAUUACACGGUAAAUACGAAGAGGAAGUGCCAUCGUCGGAUGCCAUAAAAUCAAAGAAAGGCGACCGACCUACUGUAACGAUCGGCAAUAAAACGAGAAACGAAGAGCAGGAAGAGCAGACCGCUACCCAAGAGCAAGCUACACCGAGGAUUUCUUUGAUAAAACCGCCGAGGAUACUGUCCAAGUUUCUGUCGUCCGAAAUUAAGUUAGGCCAAGCCAAGCAUGGAGAGAGGAAAUCAAAUAUCCCUAUAUUUAGAAGAAGUUCCAAAGAAUUCGAGGACAUUAGAAGCCCUCAAGAGUCUCCAAAACGUUCUCUCAUUCCUCAAAGAUACAGAGGAAGCACCGACGACUUACGACGCAGUCGCGAGGACAUAAGCGUCCCGAGCCUGAUCCCGAAGCUGCUAUCGCCCCGGAGCAAAGAGGAGAAACUGAAACGGCAGGACAGCAAAGACGACAUACGCUCGAUUUGGAAGUCGAGCCGCAAGGACGCGAAGGAGGACGCGAAAAGCUCGGUGCCCGGUAAGGAGGACUCGAAGCACGACGUUCGAGUAUCCCGGCGGGACAGCAGCCGCGAGGACGUGGGUAGGGACAGCAGGAAUUCAAAUGUGAACGCAACCGCGGUCGUGGCUGCAAAAGGAAAGCAAUCCGGCAAAGAGGAAAAGCAAGAGAGGACGGAGGAACGCGUGGGCGUCUCAACCACGUCGAGAUCGAAGUUGACGGCGCACGAGUACGGAAGGACGAAGGCGUCGGCCAGAGAGAGCAAGGAGAUGCUGGAUGGAAAACCGUCGAGACGGGACGAAGAGAGUCUUUACAUCGAGCAGAAUGAAAGAGUGAGGAUCGAGGCGGGGGGCAAAGAAGGGACGAUGCUCGACGUCGAUCCCGCCGACGAGAAACUGAUCGAGGAUCGAGAGGGCGUCAAGAGAGGCCAAGAGGUGGCUAAUGCGGAGAAAGAGGUGGUGGAUCUGUUGCACGAGGAGGAACAAGUAUCGGAGAACGAGAACAAUACGGACUCUAUGAAGGAAUCCGCUGAAAGCUUCCUGGAGAAUGAAACGGAUGUCACCGACUUUGAAGCGAACGAGCGAAAAGCGACGGACUUCGGGCACGGAAAGAAGUCUGACGAUUUCCAAGUGGUGCGGCGAAAGAUUUCAAAGGAGGAGUUUUCCAAUCCCGACGACACUGAUGACACUCCGAACAAACGAUGCUCCAGUCAUUUGUCGCCCGAAGCGAGUCCAUUAAGCACAAGAUCAUCGAGAUACAGUCCCAGGGAAAGCGAGAGCGAACCAACGCCGGCUCUUCCGCGAAAAACAGGCGAUUCUUGUUCCGCGUCUCAAAGAAUAAGGGACGCCAUUACGAGGACCAGGCGAGAAUCGAACAGCAGCGCCAGAUACGAGAGCAGCGGCAGUGAGAGCGUCAGAUUGUGCGAGACCGGUCUUCACGGGUACGUGGAACUGGCGAGAAAAGUGAAGUUCUUCGGCGGAAACGGAAGUGGCGCCUUACAGUCGACGAUCGGAAGCGACGAAGUGGUGCAACGUGAUAGUGCAACAAGUGCAGGGGAAGACGAGCCGCACGACGAUAAUCAUGGAAGAACAGGUCCCGUUUCUUCUCAAGGAAGAACCAUGCUACGCAGAAGGAGGCAAUUUGAUGCUCAAGGUUCACGACGGAGAGGACGAUCGCACGCGAGGACCUGCUGCGCGGAGGAUCUGCAAGGCUUCCAAGCGUUGCACGUGAUCGGACGGGGCGGUAGACAGCACAGUCCAACGGGAAUUCAGGGACAGGAUCAGCCGGUGGUCGACUACAGGCGACUGGUCUUCAUCAGCUCGGACUCGUCUUCCGGACGGGAGGAGGACGACGCUGACAGCAGCUGCUCCAGUUCCUCUGUCCUGAACGGGUUGCCACGUGGUGGCAGUCACGCGCAGUCCCUGGAGGAUUGCGACUGGGAUUAUUUCGAGAGCGGAACCUUGCCUCUGCCACCUGGUAUACCGAUUACCAUCGGGACGAACAACGUCGGAACGGAGACCAACAGCAGUCAGGAUUGGAGCUGUUGCCCUGGACGUGGCACGACGCCUUGUCAGGCUUGCGGAGGUUCACGAGGCGCGAACGUGCUCCCAGUGCCAGUGCCAAUUCCGGUGCCGGUUCCGUAUCCGGUGCCUGUUCCAGCUGCUCUCUGGACCGGUGAUUUCGCAGCCGCCGCAUCUUCCAUGAUAAGCCGCAGCAGCGAUGCUCACGCUGAACCAGGAUCACUGAGGUUGAGAGGCGACCCAGCUGCACCCUGGUUCGCUUGGCACCCGCGAUUCAAUCAGCCUCUUCACGGGACCAGGCUCGAUCCGAGAUUGACGGGCAUCUUCGAUCCGGCGACCUGUACUUUCAGGCCGGAACAGGUGUUGGCGCCGCGUUUGUACGGGUCUGCUGUCGACGGUACGUCCAUCCCGUCGACGGAGACGCUCCAACAGCGAUACGCCGGUCUGCAAAUCCAUCACGCGGAGAACGACAAUGCCGGGGCGAGCGUCGCGUCGAAGUCCGCUGAGUACUUUCAGGACGAGGCGGUGUUCGAGGCUGCGAACGAAGCGAAAACCGCGGAGUCCUCGAUGAAAGUACGCGGAAAAUUGGACGAGCCGAAGGUCGAUCAGAGCCAACAGAACGAUGACGAGACGAGUCAGACAAAGGAGAACGAGGAAGCCGCUUGCCAAGAUCCUGGAGGUGUAUCCUUUGAGAGCAGAAGGGGACAAAGGAUGUACCAGCACGAGGAUUCUGGCAGCUCCUCUGGACGGUCCUCAGCGGACAGCAGCGACUUGGAAGACGACUCGUCCUCCCACAGGUUCUCGAGGGUCUUUGUCGUCAACGACGACUCUCUCACGAGCGAUAACGACAUCGAGGACAACGGGGACGAGGACGAGGACACCGAUUCAGCCGCCGAGGACGGUAUCACGUUGAAGCGCGUGACCGCCAUUCCCGAAGAGGAGCCGGUGGUUUUGCAGUACGUUCGGUUCUUCAGCGAGGAGUCGAAUUUCGAAAAUCCGAGCAACGGUCGGGCGCAGAACAACAACAGAGACAGCUCGGAGGAGGAGGCGAGGACCAGAUCCGCUUACAAGGAGAAGAUCGCCUCGCAAAAUGGCAGAACGAUGCCCGAACGGAACGAGAAUUUCAACGAGAAGCGUAAAGCUCGCGGAAGGAAGAGCAACUACGAGGUAAACAUCGAUAAGCGGAGUCCGGUGUUCUUGCAACACUGCGCAAUGCCCGAGGAAAUGUACAUCGCUAGCGAUAACGAUUGCACCGAGAAUCAGAUCGAGCUGAAAUCCAUUAAAACCUUGGAUCCCGAUAGCAUCGAGCCGAUACCUGUCAUCAACGCCAGCGAAAGUAUCGUUCUGGAAAAAUUGUUCGAUAAAAUAGAAAACAACGUUUCGGGAGCCGAUCGAUCGGAAUUGACGCGCAGCGACGAAUCCGUUAAUUUGGACGACCGGGCCAAGUUUUUCUCAACGGACGCCUGGGACCCCAACAUAAUUCCAGACUCUUUGGAGAUCUCCGAGCAAGAAAUUUUGAACGUCGGUAAUUUCCAAUCGAAGAAUAGUUUCGAGAUCUCCAAGAUAAUUCGCGAUAGAGGGAACAGUGCAGAUCGCGAUCGAACGAGCGACCACGAUUACCGCGAAACUGGGAUCGAUAGCUCCGUUACUUUAUCGCAGAUAAUGGCGAACGAGUGUCUCGAUGGGGGCAACGAUAACCAGCGUGACACACCGGCCGAUUUGAAUUCGAACUUCAGCGUCGCGAUGAACGCGAGCGCGUUCUCGGGGUCGGACAGUUUCACGAGCAACGAGACGAACGCGACCGGAAGCGAGGUGAGCAGCGACGAGCUACACGAGUACGAGGUGACGUCCGCCAGUGUCUCGUCGCACUACGACAGCAACGAGUUCUCGUACUCGGCGGUGAACAGCGAGCUAUUAUCGAAACUCAAUAACAGAAACGAAGAGAGGACCGCGAAAAGUUUCGAGGAUGUUGACGAAUCCGUCGUCGCGUCGAGCAGAACGAAAUGGAAUAUACAGUACGAGAGAUCGGUCGUUGAGCAACCGUCGGACAAUUCGAACGCGAAAGGUGUCGUAAGCGCGCGUACCGAGAAUGAUUCGGUACCGACUGCCGUGGAAGACGAUCGAAAAUCGAUCACGGAGGACAAAGAUGAGGCGGGGGACGACCUAUCGGAGGAGAGCCAAGGCGGAAUCGAGUUGAAAGCGACGAGCAGCGCGGUGGGCGACAUCAUAACCAACAAGAUUCAGGAGAUUUUCAAGAGCGCGGACGCUGCAGGUAACGUAGAGAGUGCGCACGACGGCUGCGCAGGUACGGCGAGAGGCGAGUGUCCUGCAUCUAGUCAGGUGGGGGUAGAGGUUCAAAGUAGAGGUGGCGAAAGUGGUAGUGGCAGUGACGGUGGUGGUGCCGCCGGUGGAAGCUGUACCGAGGAGGGGGUAUCGACACGGUUUCGCUCAGUCGAGCGACGCCCGUCUACUGGAAAGGAGAAUGGAUUCCCUCCUGCCGUGUCGACGAAGGAUUCCAUCAGAGACGUUCAACACUUUCCCUCGACGAUCCACGGCAACAAUAUCGGUAACAAUAAUCACAACAACAACAAGUACAGGAGCCUCGUGAUGAUCACUCAGGAAGCCUCGUACCAGCCAGUCAGCGUCAUCACCUCGGACACGACGACACUGUUGCAGCCGGAUGAGGUGCAUAUGGCCAGUCAGGGUCUGGCUGGAUACUUCCAGCUGGCGCUGGAAGCCGUAGCCGAGCAACCGCACCGUAAAAACGGUCAGGGGCCGAGGAAGCCUCUGAUGGUGAAACGGUUGUCCAGCACCAUCGCGAAUCAUUCGGAGACGGAGGUUGACAGUGGUUUGAGCGUGGGCAGUGCCAGUGAAAGCGACGAUGUUUCGGUGAAAAACUCUACGAGAGUAGCCAGUCGGCAGGAAAAUAACGAAGAGAACGGCUCGAGGGAGCGCCAGGCCAACGAGCAUCGGGAAGGUACGCGAGCACGUGUCUCAUCUCAAUCCAGCGACGACAAUUCGGGCAGCGGUGGGAUCGUGAUAUUGGAGGAAGGAUUGGCCGACGAUGAUUCGUGGGUGGAAGAGGUUUCCCACGACGAGGACGAGCCUGGAGCCACCACAGCCACGGAAGAGAGCUCCGAGGACGAAGCCAACAAUCUUGGCGACCGCGAAGAAGAGCUCAGGGGUUAUCACAGGCAGGCUAUCGACUUUACUUUGCAUACCAUCGUAGAGGAAUCGUGCGAGGAGAGCGAGGCGGAGCCCAGUCUGGCAACAGGUAGCCCAUCGAAGAAGCAAAGACCGCCGUCCGCGUCCGAAUUAGAGAAAUACUUUUUCUUCGGCCUCGGUGGAGAUGGCAACAACUCGAGCAUGGGAUCGCGGGAAGUGGACAGUUUGUCGGAGACCUCCUCGAUCUACUCGGAGGGCUUGGAAUCGCUCGGGCAGGACGAGGCACCCGGCAACGGGCAGAGUCAAGAGAGAUCGAACUCCGGAGAGGGGUUCUUGAAUUCCUCGAGGCUGGAGAAGUACUUCUUGUCGGAGUUCCUUGGUUUCGAUCAGGACAGACGGGACUCGGACGGUUCCGUUGGCAGUGACUCGGAAGGCAGACCCAGCCCAGAAGCGCAAAGGAAGAAGAAACUGGUUCGCGCCAGAGGCACCGGUAGAUCCCACAGCUCGUCUCUGGACAAUUUGUUGGCGCUCACGCAGAGUUCCCAGAACUUGAGCUCGCAAAAUUCUCUGCAAGAUUUGAGUCUGAAUCAGGACGGGCAAGAGAGUCAGUCGGAGGGCUCGUCCACGGAGACCGACGGAGCGGACGAUGGCCAGACCGCCGCUUUCGGAACGGACGGACAGUUCGACACCGUGAAACGCAAAAAGAAGAAACCCAGAAACCUGGGGACCCAGAGUCCACGUGUUCCAGAUGACAGAAACAAAACGCCAGAACCGAGCAGAGAAAUGGCGCUGGUGGGGGAGGUAGUGAUGGAGAACGAAGCGGAAGCUGACUCGGAAGACUCGGAAAGAGCGAAGACGCCGCAACCGGAAGGUGUAUUGUCCUCUUCCUCCUCGCCGUCGACCACCGUCAACGCCUCGGCGACGUCCGCGUUGCAAAUCGACUCUCCGAGAAACAUACAAAUCGGCUCGGGAGAUUCGUCCACCUAUAAUCAAAGAUCCAAACAGCAGUCGCGUGAUUCCGGAUUCGUCGGUAGUUGCGACGAUCUUCUCCAGCACCAAAAGCUGCCCGACGACGCUCAAGUCAACAACGAAGUCAAUCAAGAGUCUGGAAAGGAUUGUUCCGGCAAAGAGAACGGUGAAAAUACCCAAGAUGCGAGUCAAACCUCCACGGAGAGAUCUCCUAGCGUUGAGAAGAGUAACGCGACCAAGGUCGAUCAUCCUCUGAAUCACACGGCGCUGCCCCACUUGGCGAACCCUUCGCUCUCGAGGAAGGACAGUUUCAACAAUUGGUCCAGCGACGAGGAGACGAAUUUAAUGAUGUCGAAGAUGAGGCAGUUCUUCAAAACGAUGGUGGCAAAUUCGAACGGACAGAAUCAGAACACUGCCAGCGCGAAUUCCAGCGGCGCGUCGCCCGCGCCCAGUCCUCGUUUACCUGGGUACGCGUCCAAAGCCAGACUGUGCACGCAAAACCGCACGAAACCGCCACAGUUGGUGUACUUCGAGAACGAGCUAACGAGGCUGAUGAAAACGGUGCCGGGGAUACGCGACGAGCAAGUGCGAGAAAUAGUCGAGUAUCUCAGUUCGGAGGACACGUGGUCCGAUUCGUACGAUAGCUCGGAUUACACGAGUUCGGACCUGGAGGGAGCAGCGGGCGGUCGUCGAUCGGCGCUCCAGGAACAAAUAUCCCAGAGCUGUCAGCAGAUUAUCAGCAAAUUCGACACCACGUCGAAUAACAAUCUGUUGGACAAGGAGAGGGAAGAGAAAACUGGCCCGACCGGGAUGCAACCACCGUGUCUAGGCAGAGACACCGCUUUCGUCUAUCAAAAGCUGGUACAAAGCUUCACCAAAAUGGCUGGCGACGGCGUGAGCUCCGACGCCAACUCGACGCCGCACAGCAGCCCGCCGUUGAUCGCGAAAGUGAUGCACCAUAUCGGUAGCAGAUUGGUAGCCCUGAUGCACGAAGUGUCGGAAGGUGGACCAACCGUCCAGCAUCACUCCACCAGUUGGAGACGAUACUCCCAACACCAUCGAACGCCAUCCUCGGCGUCCACCACGGAAGACGACGACUCCACCUCCGACUCGACGGCUCCUUCGUCUGCACACUUGCAGUUGCCCAGAUCGAAGUCCCACGAUCCUCUGCUGCUGAUCAACAACCACCCGGCAGCGUCGACCGGACAGGAAGGCGAGGAGCGAGAAGCUAGUGAUUACGAAAGAUUCUCUUGGCGCGGGAGCUUCGAAUCCGCGUUAAUGGCGGCGGAUUCGAGGACAAAGCUCAGCCUGCUGGCUUGUUCCGGGGAUGUCAGUGUCGGUGCUAGUGCUAGUGUCAACGCCUUGGCCAUGGCCGCCAAGCGUCGAAGUGCAGGGGAUCUGUUGUUCAAUCCAAAGAGUUUUUCUAGAGAACAGUUGGAUAGGGUUAGAAGUUGCGGGUCCAUCGGCGGCGGGAGCGGAGGCGCCGCGAGUGGAUGCGGAGGAUCGGUGGAAGAAAGGAUCUGGAGCAACAGGAGGAGGUCCUCUGUUCCUGAUGCCAACACGAGGGGGGAAUCUGGUGACGAGGACACCGAAGACGAACUCGAAUAUAAUGGCGAAUCUCGAGCAACGACUCUUCCGCGUGGAAUGCAAUCAGCCAUCACGGCAGCGACGAACUCUCUGCCACGUUUGCCAGCCUCGACGGCCCCGGCUGGUUCGACGACAACAUCGAUCGCGCCAUCGUCGACGAUGCACAAGGCACACAGCGUCUAUCACUUCCUGCCGCAGCAUUCCGGCGUCAAAUCGGCCAGAUAUCGGCCGCCUGGUUUCGCGAGGAACAGCAACGUGGCUGGCGCGAUCGGUGGACCCAAGCGCGCCGUCAGCGCUCCGGGACUCCAAGUUUCCGGCUCCCAGUCUACCGUGGGAAAACGCGAGAACUCCAGAUCGAGGAGGCAACAGGCUAUAUCUCUCACGUCUGAUGACGGAAGCAGCUUAUCAGAAGCGUGCAGCACUCCGAUUAUUGGGACAGGAUCAAGGACAGGCUCUAGUCACACUGUAAUCGACGUAGACGAUAUAGAGCCCGGAUUGCACUCUGGACAUCUCGCGACACGAGCGUCUUUGUCCAGUCUUGGAGCACGUUCGGAUUCAAUGGCGUCGGUUUACAGCGGGGCUGGUGAGGGACGGUGCUGCCGCUCGGUGGUCGUCACAGGGGAAGUCGAGUUCGCUUUGCAAUACGAUUAUAAACAUUUAACAUUCGAAGUACACGUAACCAAAUGCAAGAAUCUUGCACCGGUUGACGUAAAACGCAAACGAUCCGAUCCAUACGUGAAGGUGUACCUAUUGCCGGACAAAUCGAAGAGCGGCAAACGGAAAACGAAGGUGAAGAAGCACACGCUGAACCCAGAAUUUAACGAAACGUUGAAGUUCCAUAUGAGUCUGAGCGGCCUGGAGACCAGAACGUUGUGGCUGACGGUUUGGCAUUCAGACAUGUUUGGACGCAACGAUUUCCUCGGUGAGGUCCAAAUGCCGUUGGAGAAUAAGAUCUUCGACGAUCCGACGCCAAAAUGGUAUCCGCUCCAAGAAAGAACAGAACCGUUCGACGAUCCCGUUGCAUAUAAAGGCGAGGUAAUCGUCGGCUUAAAAUUCGUACCGCCAGAUCCCACGCAACAGGAUCGCGAACGAGAAAUGGGAUCGGACCGUGGUGCUUUUAAAUCGAAGAAGAACUGGAGUCGCGGCGCGUUGCACGUGCUCGUGAAGGAAGCCAGGAAUUUGCAAACCAGGGGGAAGAAUACGGGCACGUGUGAUCCGUUUUGCAAAAGUUACUUAUUACCUGACAAGGGUCGUUCAGGGAAACAAAAGACUGGGGUGGUACGCAGAUCUGGUGGUUCACCGGUAUGGGGUCACACUUUCAUUUACAAAGACGUGAGCUUGCAAGAACUGGCAGAACGUGGUCUAGAGCUGACAGUUUGGGAUCACGAUCGUAUCGCUAGCAACGAAUUUUUGGGCGGAGUACGAUUUAAUCUUGGCACAGGAAAACACUAUGGAAAGCCGGUGGACUGGAUGGACGCUACCGGGCGCGAACUAUCGCUUUGGCAGAGCAUGCUAGAGAGGCCUAAUUUCUGGGUAGAGGGCGCCGUGACUCUGAGGCCGAAUCUGCACAAUCAUGGAAAGAACAGCAGCUCGUAAAUAGACGUGUCAGUGAUUUCUUUCGUACUUAAGUAACCACGUUUCAUCGUGGACCUUGAGGGUCUCCGUCACAGCGAAGCUCGAAACGCUUCGGCCUAGUUUAACUAAAAUGUACAUACGCGGCUGCGUCAGCACGCCGCACAGUGAAUAGUAUCGAAUCGCGACUUUCGAAAUGAAAUUCAGUGCCUUUAGGAACGGCGCGUGCGCGUCGUAUCCUGUCCAGGACACAGUCUAAAUUUCUAACCUCUGUCUGUCCAUACUGAAGAGGUUUCCAAAUAAUCUUGAUACUUAAAUUACCACUUACUUUACGUCGAAUUUAAUUUGUACAUGAAUCGUAACCGUUAGUAGUUAUAUCGUAGCUUCUAUUUUCUCUUGGUACAUUCAUUCUAUACGUAACGUGUUCCCAAUCACGUUUCUGAAUAUUCCGUACGAAAGGUUACGCGAUAUAUAUUUCCCUUGGAGCGAUUUUUUCUUUAUAUAUAUAGUAUAUAUAUAG